CCGCGCAUGCGCAGUCCAGGCGAUCACAGGUAUAAAAGAUGGUCGAGGCGCAAUCUUUCCUUCAACAGGUGUUCUCACUUACUCGACGGUACAUCAACAAACAGUGAUGAAGAACGUAGUGUUGGCGUGCUUAGUGCUGGCCGUGGGUGCUGCAGCCCAGCAGCAGCCGCAGCAGCAGGAGACCGUGUUGCAAGAGACUCAGCUGGCUACAAGGGUGCUGCCCGCUGACGUCCUGCGAGAUUUCCCUGACCUGUGCUUCGGAUCCACCACCUUUAAGUUCUACACGCCUGAAACUACCUGGAACCUGGAGCUCUUCUGCGGGCAGUCCACCUGCAUGCAGAACGAGACCGGGAUUUUCGAGAAGGUGGAAGACUGCGGCCCUGCCCCCAAGCCCAACGACCAGUGCAUUCCCGAGUUCGCCGCGCCAGGCACCCCGUACCCCGCCUGCUGCCCCAAGUACAGGUGCCUCCCUGGAUCCAAGCUCGAGUAUCCCACUCCCGAAGAGAUCAGAGCUGAGGCUGAGAAGGCCCGCAAGGCCCAGGCCGCAGCUCGCGAACAGGAGGCCGCUGCUGGCGCCGCCGCAGGCCAGCCCGCAGCUCAGGCUUAGUGUCUUCAGAUCUCAUAAUAUAACUUAGAAUAACUUGUCACACAAAACUUAUUACUUAACUGAUAGCUUUCUUUUCCUAAAAAUUGGUGGAUUCAUUUCAAAAGUGAACACUUAUUCUCUUUUUUCCUGCUAUUUCCAUAUUUUGGUAAUUUUUCCUUACCAUUGAAAAAAGGUAAAACGAGAUCUACUUGUAAGUUAUGCUUGCUGUGCUGUCGCUAGUGCAUGGCUAAAGAAGAGCGACACGCGGAGGGCGCGAGUGUACACGACGACGCGUCCACCAAACCGCACCACAUGAUCCUGACGCAGCUGUCACAUGUUUAUGUGGUUAACACAGGGAUGGAUGAGCAAGAAAUGAUGAUGAUGAUGUCUUACUAAACGGGUUGAAGAGUGCAUUGUUGGCAGUGAAACUGAAUAAAAGAUGAAAAGCCUCAA